AGGCGCCUUUAGUCUGUUUAUGUUGCGAACAUGAGUGUGCAGUUCUUAACGUACUAGACCAUGGUUAGUCUGAACUCCUCCAGAUGCUGAAACUUAAUCGCGAUGUGGUCGUUGGCAUCACUGCCCCGUGCAUGAUGAAGUACUUCUUGCAAAAAUGAAGUUACGAAUACGAUCAGGAGGAGGUCGAACAGAAAAGGUGGAUUUUGAUGGCGACCCAACUGUAGCAGAAGUGAAGGAAUCGGUGGCGCAAGCGUUCGGUCACCAUGCUGCAGACUUUGAGUUGAGCCUCAAUGGCCGAGAAGCACUGGCACCAGACAGCUCCCUGUCUCACGUUGGCAUCGUGUCAGGAGACCUGCUACGCAUCAUCUGGACUAAUGAGGGAGCUGUUGAGAUCAGGAUCCCACAGGAUCAAGCCUCGGGCUCCCAAACCUGUGGGGCUGUAGAAACAGCUAGGGGAUCAAAGCCAGACAGUGUUGAGUCUGCCAUGGAAGUCAGCAGCAGUUCACAAGACCGAACUCAUCCUGACAGAGCAAGGCAAACCGUACCCUUAGUGUCCCAUGAUCGUACCUCACAGCCAUCGGCACCGACUACGACAACAGGCGACGCGCCAGACCUGAGCGGUUGCCGAGCAGCAGCGAAAGAUGAAGGAGAAGAUAUGCGAAGGUCUGUCAGUGAACCCAUGCUGUGCCGGAGUGCAACGGACUGCGUUAUCCCACAGAGGUUGAGGGCGCUCUACACAGAGAACAGACCGAGGACUAUGAAUGAGGCAUUGUGCAUCGUUCUCCACGUGCUGAUGUUAGAGACUGGAUUUUAUGCAAAGGUCAAGGUAGAGAGUGGUGAUGGCAGCUUGACAGGCAGUACCAUAGACGGCAGCCCUGGAACCUCCUCUGAGAAACAGCUUAAGACCUCGUCCAAAGAUGAUGCAGCAAGCAGUGUUGCGAAGGCAGGUAUGCCUGCUGGUUGGAGAGUCGCUGGUGUCCACAAGCUGCAUUACUGUCACCCGUCUUGUGAGGGCGCUGUCUGCAGCAUCGCAUGCUUGUCGGUUGGAAAGAAGACGAUAGUGCAUGGUUUAACGGCUGGGAAAGCUAAUUUUACCUUGCAGUUGAAACCAAGCAACUACGUAGCAAACGUGGGUGAACAGCCUGCGUAUACCAACCUGCCGCAGCUAUCAAGGCUGUUUAAAGAUGUAAUUGCUUACCCGCUCCUCCAGACAACAAGAUCAGAACUGGGUCUUGUUCCCUUGCAUGGACUUCUGGCUCUCUUCCCUGAAAUUCAGCUGCUGAUCCUGAGUUUCCUUGAUGUGGGGAGUCUUCUCAAUGUGUCUGAAGUCUGCCGACAACUCUACAACAUGGCUGCCGACGGAUCACUUUGGCGACAGCUCCUCCUGAGGGACUUUGGCAGCAAGGAAUCAGAGGGCAGUCGGAACUGGAGAGAGCUGUACAAGCAGAGAUACAAAAGAAAGAAGGAGCUGGAGAGAUAUCAGAGGAACCUGAUUGACCGGUCUACCCCAGUCACACCAGGCAUGUUCUAUCCACCUCCUUCCCGACCACCCACAGUGCCAGGCUACCCUCCUGGAUACAGAGGCGGGGAUUACGAUCUGGACCCCUUUGCCGGCCUUGCCCCGGCGCACCACUUCCCCAUCAGGAGAGACCCCCGAGGUAUGCCGUUCCCAGGGCAACCCAACAUCGUCCCGUUUCCGGAGGAACCGAUGAGCAGAGAUCCUAUUCUGAACCCGCUGCCUCGGGUGCCCGGCCUACGUGACCCUCGCCGCAACGGCCAAAGCGGUCGCUCUGGAGGCAGCAACAGAGGUUUCUAUUUCUGAUGAACUUUGUGAAGCAAUCUAUACAUAAAUGCUCAGCAACUUGGUUUGUUUUUUCAUUGGUUUAAGACCAGGGCCAAUUUCAUAGAGCUGCUUAAGCACAAAUUUGCUUAAGCACCAAAAAACCUUGCUCAAUAAACAGAGGUCACCAGCUCAAACUCUAUGUGAUUGUCCUGCUUAACCAAAAGACAGGUAAAUACCAUUCCUAAACAAUAUACAU